AUGAGCGGACAGACCUGUUUUUCGCGAGACGUCGUCGAAGCGCACAACCUAGCGCAGAAAUUAAACCUCGCGAUCAGGACAGUGACCAAUGUACGCCGAGGUGUCUACAAUAUUAACUGCAUGCGCAUUCGAUGA